CUCAUGCGGGACCUACCGCCUCCCAAACCGCUGGAAAACUGCAUCCCACCGGACAAACUGAGGCCACUCGAACCGACACCCCUACGUGAGCUGUAUCUACGGCUACUACUGCGACUGGUUACAAUGGACAUGGCGAGAGAUGGUUUGGAGAUGCGUCCUGGGAGGUUAAAGUGCGUUCUUCCGAGUUGGAGGCGACAGGCAUGGCAAUGAGUGGAUUGUUGGUGUGCGUCCUCAUGGCAGCGCUAGUGGGGGUUGGUUUGACAUCACCUGUAUCCAAGUCGGAUGGCAACACCAAACAGGGUGGGAUACUGCCACAGCUACUGGCCAGGAGGGAGGCCGUGAAGAAUGCUGCGGAGAACGUGGUUAGGAUGGCGCAAGACACUCAAACGAGCAUGGCACGGGUGGAGAGGAUGUCGCACCUGUCGGAGGACCAGCGCGAGUUCAUGUCCAAGCAAAUCAUGCAGGCCAUCUCAGAGAUGAUGAACGAGUGUCCGGACCGGGACUACCAAGGAUGGGUUGACUUUGGACGGCGGAGUGCAGAGUAGAGAUGUACCACAGGCCAAAUGAGGAACGUCUGCCUGCACUGGCAUUACUCAGAAAUCCAUCCCUAUUUGAAGUAGAUUGUAUAUUUUCAUUGGAUUAUGUCAUGAGUUUUGCUUUUAAUCCAAGUGUCAUAAUAAACAUGUUUGCAGUA